AAAAUAGUUCACUAGCAACUCCAGCAUUCCCUUAAUUAUGGACGUUAUCCCGCCAGAGUUUCAAACGGCGCGACGCGCGUUACCGUCAGGACAAAGUCCCCUUUCGUUCCCCCUCCCCACGUCGUUCGCGCCAAUCGCGAAUCGGAUCCGCCUUCGUGCGGUGAUGUUGCUAUGGAACACUGUGGCGGAGCGCCGGUUGCCACGACAGUAUAGCGUAAGGCGGCACGUGACGCGACGCAACGUAACGCGACGCGACGCGACGCGACGCGGAUACGCCGCACCUGUCGGUUUUCCGAAAAAAAGACUUCCUUGCAAAGGUAGCAAAACGGAGCUAUCCGAUAUUCUGUGAAUGUACGCUCGCGCGCGAAAAUAUGAGUGUUCGCGAGCGUCGAUCUCUCACAAGCGCCUGGCGGACUCGUUAAAAAAAUCAGAGUGCCACCUGGAGGGGCCUUUGCCGAUUUAGCGGAAUUGGAAUUCGAGUGUUCCAGGUCACGACGGCAUGGCGAGCAUAGCGGCCGCCGGUCUCGAGGUGCACGAGGCAGGUCGGGCGUUGCGCGUGCAAACGGAAGCACCGCAUCUCGUGUCCAUGGGAAGCGGACGACUGUCGACGGCCGUGACUCUGCAUCCUCUACCUGAAGGUACGAUCUCGCUGGGAUCAGACCGAGAUGCGGAUAUUUUGGUGGCCGGCACCGGCGUCGAGCCUAUACACUGCGCGAUCGAAAACAAUAACGGCGUGGUCACUCUUCAUCCCGUAAAUGGAAACACGUUUGUCGAUGGCGUGCCGAUAAAUUCGCCAGUGAGACUCGCGCAAGGUUGUAUGCUAUCAAUAGGUCGGUCAAAUUACAUGCGCUUCAAUCAUCCAGCCGAGGCGAAGCAUCUACGAUCCGUCCUUCCUCACUCGAGGAUUUCAAUGGCGUCGAUCAAUUUCGCUCUAUCCGAUGGCCCGUCGCAGGAGAAUCAUCACUUGGAACGAAAACCGCCCGUUGCCCCACGAAAAUCCCCGCGGAACUCCUGCUCCGACGACGAGAUCGGUUUUCUGGGCAAGCUGACCAAGUUCGAGAUGUUGUCAAAGCAGAGCAGGUCCAAUUGCGUUUCGCCGAAAGUCUUUCCCGCCGGUGCUCUCACGACGAACGUUCCAGCCGAUCAAAUUCUCGGUCACUCCAGAUCCUCGAGUCUGGUGUCCUUGACGAAGUCUCCGAUAAACGGCUGCAAUGAUCACUCGUCACAGAACUCGGCGGGUUGCCACGACGAGACGCGCCAGCGAUCGGACUCGCGGCUUGGAACGCCCGGUCGGUCGAACGCGGCCAACUUGCAGAAUCAUAAUCAGAUUAGGAUGUAUACCGCAGAAGCGUACGUAAAGACGUGCAAACCGUACUACCGUGAGGGUAGCAACAGGAGUGCCGCGCGAUCGUCGUCCACGGGGACGACAGCAGCGAAAGCUAGCACCGUCCGAAGCGGCGAUCUAAUGUCCCGGAGUAUGACUUGCCAGAGCUCGAACGAGUUCGAUCAUCUCGCCGAUCGGAGCUUCGACAUGAGCCAAAGCCUCAUUGUCACGAAGACGACUACCACAGAGUUUCUACAAUUGGAGAAGUAUGGAUCGAACCCGAGCAUUUGCAAUGCCAGUUGUAUCGACGGGGACCCUAACACCGGGAUUCCGAAACCGUCCGUUGCUCACGGCUUCGGCUCGGCUUCGAAUAUUAAACGAAUCCAGCCACCGAGUCCAGCGUUCAAUCGGAAUCCGCGAUACAGCGAGCAAAAGAGAGUUUAUGCGAGAGUCAAGAGUCCUACCCCGAGCGCAGGCAGUAGUUGCUCCCUCGAGGAAUUGCGGGAGAGGCAAGCCGACGCGGAAAACAAACGCAAGGAGGCGGAGACCAAGCGGAAACAAGCACAGGAAGAGAGGUUGAGAGAGCAAGAGGUCGAAAGGCAAGAGAAAAUGAGGCUCGAGGAGAUCGUGGCGAUGUGCGCGGAGUACGAGAGACAAAGCGCCGUCGAAAAACCAAGGCAGCCUAAUCGGAUUAUAACAAACGGAUCUCUUCCACGUGACAAAAGACUUGGCGGCUAUACUUCACCUUUUGAUAGUCCGAAGAGUCCGUCGAAGAAUCAGCCACAUUUUUCUUUCGAUACCGGCAAACAGGGCAAUUGGAACAGCUUGUCGUAUGAAAACGUAUCUGUGCAGAAUUCCAAAAUCAUUUUCCAACAUGGCAAUUCACUUGGUAGAGAUCGUAGAGAUCAAUCGGCUCAACCUGAACAUCACUCAUGUGAUGUGGGAUCACCACAGGCAACCACACCAAAUAACAAUCAACCAGCGAAGUAUUCUAACGUUCACAACAUGAACGGCAACUAUGGCUUCUCGAGUUCUGUUUCCCAGGCCCGUGGCAGUAACUACGAAAAUGUAAUCAUCGGUAAUAACAAUAAAAACGGCGGCUGGAAUACCGAUGGAACUGGUGGUCCCAUAAAGGCCAAUGAUGAUACCAAAGGCUCAGCGUCCAUAUACGGAACGAUUCGAUUGAACGGAACGAAAAUCGAACCGCAAGCGACGCAAAAUGGGAAUGCGAAUCACUACGAAAACAUCACACUGUCCUCGACAAUGACACGGAAUAACAAUCAGAACCAUUCAAUGCCAAAGAAGAACAGCCAGUUGUCGAAUUCGUACGAAAUGAUAGAGAACAAACUGGCCGUGUCGAACGACGAUCUCCUGGAGGCGAUCGAGCAGCUGUCCAUGAUGUCCAAGUCCAAAGAAAUCUGCGUGACUCCUAAGCGAAACAACUCGGAAAAAGAUAACGCAAAGUCUAACGAGGUAAAGGCCGAUAAAGCGAGGAAGCAGCUGGAGGAGGAAGACAGGAAGAAAUACAUAGAAUUCCUACAAAAUGAGAAGUUGCACAUUCUUAGCAACAUGGACGCAUUGAAGAGAAGCGUCGCCGAAAUUGAGAUCCAAGAGGAGGAAAUCAGCAGAGAGCUCGAAUUGGAGAAAGCGCUUUUAUCCGCGGAGUACGAAUCAGAAUCCUUGAAGCUCACGCAGGAUGAGGGAGAGAAGAUAAAGGUGCAGACGCGAAUAAACGAAUUGGAGAGAGAAAUGGCAGAGGAUAACGCGACUCAUUCAAACUUACAAGCUGAGGCGAAGCAACGUGUUCAGAAGGUACAGCAAGCUUGCGUUCGAUUGGACGAACAAUUGUCCAUUUCCAAAGGCGAAGCUGCGCAGCAAGAUAUUGCUGAGAAAUUAGCAGCGCAGCAGGAUGUCCUCGAGAGCGAGAGAAAAGCUUUUGAAGAUUUGGAGUUUCAUCAUCUCGAGGAGGAGGCGAGCAAAUUAGCCACGAGGGAAGAGCUGCAGAGAUAUUUAAGUGAACUCACGAGCAAGAUCGAAGGUAGAAAGUUGCAACUAAAUCACUUGGAAUCACAGCGAUCCGAGGUGAAGAAGACAGCGACUAAAGAGGCUAAGAGUCUGGAAAGACAGAAAUUGGGACAUUUGAAGCGAUUGGAAGAAGCUCGAAAUCGCGUACGAGAAAUAAACGAGGAACUCGGCUAUCUGGCCCAAAACUCUGCCGAGCAUUCUGAGGAAAAACGAUCUCCGAGCAGGGAGGAUUUUGAUAGAAUCUCUAGAGUGACCAAUGAUUCACCUAUUGUAAACUAUCAGGGCAGCUUAGGGAGGAAGACGAUCGAAUCCCUAAAAGAAAUCGAGAGGAAUCGGCAGCUUCAUUUAGCUAAACAAGGAAGUCAAGUAAUCUCGGAGGAAAGGCGCAGAGUCGAAGAGUUGAAGAGACGUGUGCAGGAUGAAGUCCGCUCGCAGUGGGAAGAAAGAAAGAUGAAUUGUGCGUCCUUCAACAGCGUUGAAUCUGGCGAGGAGUCUUCCAGUUAUUCCACUGGACCAACAGAAAGUGGUAGUGGAAGCAGCGACGGUGCGGAAGGCCGGAACAGCGAAAAAUUAUCCCCCAGCAAACUUUCAGAACUUACUUCGCCUAGUCCAGGACCAUCGAAUAACUCCUAUAGUUUGCAUCAAAAUGAUAAUUCUCCGCUUCUAAAAAGGGGAAAGAUAGUUACCAUCUAUCUCGUUCCAUUUUGGCUCGAAGGUGGAUUCGUUGAUCUCCGGAUCGGCCCAGGGUUUACCCUGAAGAACCGCAGCGGUACACGCGACCGGCUUGUAUUCGGGUACUCGACCGUCCAUGAAACUUUUUCAUCCGGCACUUCAAAUCUCUUGGCAUUGCUGGACGGGUUGCGGCGAUCGAACGGUGUUCACUGGAAUAAACGAUGGUUCGUAUUUGAUCGCAAGCGGAAAACGUUGUCUUACUACAGCGAUAACACAUCCAGAAAGGCCCGCGGUAUAAUUUACUUCCAAUCGAUCGAAGAAGUCUAUGUGGAUCACAUGAACACCGUUCGAUCGCCGCAACCUUCCCUCACUUUCAUCGUCAAAACUUCGUCUAGACUUUACCACCUCAUGGCACCUAGUCCAGAAGCUAUGCGCGUUUGGGUCGAUGUUGUAUUUACUGGCGCAGAAGGAUAUCACGAAUUUGAUCACGGCAUUUGAUAACGAUUUGAUUGCUCGCGAAGUAAAAUGAAUUCAUGAUCCAGAGUCGGAUUUUCCGACUUGAUAAAAAAAUGAAAACAGCGCCUUCUGAGUUUUAAUAAUGAAAUCAUUUGAUGAGAUUAUGAUAUAAGGAAUUAUGCUAUGCUUAAGACAAGAACAGUUUUCAACUAAAACUACGAAUAGGUAAUACGAAAAUUACGAGAUAUAAAUCUAAAAUAAGAAUAAUUAUCUGUAUCUAAUAUGUUAUUUUGUAAAGUAUUAUCUUGAUGAUUUGAUGAUAUAACAAACACUUUUUCUUAAUAUUAAGCAAUGUUCCUUAUAUGAAAAAGUAUUUCCACGAAUGGUGUCGAUUCUUGUGAGAAAUAUGAGUAUUGUUUACUUGAAGAAGUAAACAAAUGCUAACAUUCGGCUAAAAAAUUCAAAGAUGAACAAGGCAGCUGAGUGCAGAUUAAAAAUAGAGAUAUUUAUGUAUCAGAAAUGAACGAUAUCUUACUGCAUUGAUAUUUUUAAUAUAUUAAAUAUUAUAAAUUUUAAUGCAAACACGUACUUUCAUUGUAUACAAUUUGUUCAUGCAGCGACGAAUCAAAAUUGUUUUUUUGCAAUGUAUCUAUUUUAUUCUAUCAGCGUUUUAAUUUUAAAUAAUUUCGAGAAUAUUCAUAAACUUAUUCGUGGUAAAAGCUCUGUAAGAAGAAGUAGUAUUGGCAACAACUUAUUAAUCUUUACUCAUCUUAAAAAUGGAAGAAUGAAUAAUGUAGAAAUGGAAAUGAGAGAACUGAGAUCUAGUUUUCAAAGAAUGAAAUAUUGUGCUUCAUUUACAAUUCACAGAGAAGCGAUAGAUGCAAGAUAUUUAAAAACUUAUUUUUACUGUCCUCAGUAUUUGAAGUGUAUACAAGUUAAAAUUAUUUUCGAUAUUAAAGAAAUAAUAUUUGAUCAAAAACUUAAUAAUCUAUUCUAUUCAUUAAUCUAUUUUAUUUUUAUAUAUAUAACUGAAAAUACAUAAACAUAUAUAUUAACUAAAAAUAUAUAACUUUAUAAAUUGUAAAAAUGAUUAUUUAAUAUAAAAGAACGCAUAUAUUUUUGAUAAGAUAAAUAUAUGAAAACUAAUAAAAGACGCCAACUAGGGAGGCUGUAUUAAGAUAUAAAUUGCAUUGUAAGAUCUUUUGGUGCAUAACUUCUAAUCAAAUUGCUUCCCUUAUGUCACUUCAAACACUGAACUAUUUGAAGAAAUGGGCAUUAAUAGUACAUUAUGCACAAGUAUUAAUGGAUUAACAGCAAGAGUAAUUAUAGACAGACUCUUAUACCAAUCUAAGUACAUAAGUGUUAUUAGGGUUUGUUAAAUUUUAUGAAUACUUUUUAAUCUAGUCUUCCAGCAUAUAAAUAUGCAAGGUUUGAAGAUUGCAAAGAAUUGAACGAACUAUGAUGUAUAAGAAAGCUUUGCGAAAAUUAUGUAAGUUCGAAGGUAAAAGACCAAAAUUUGUAAAUAUACGUAAUUGUGUUAUUAUUGUGAAAUUCAUAUAUAAUGCCAUAUACAUAUAUAUGGCAAGGAUUAAAUAAAAUAAGACUUCUUAUGAUUUUAUAAAGUUCAUAUGUGUCUUAGCUAAAACUUGUUCAUAUUGUGUCUUAGCUAAAACUUGUUUUAUGUAAUAAAUAUUAAUAUAUCGUCGCCAUUCGAUUUCAUACUAUUUUAAUACGCUAUGUAUACAGACGUACAUAUUUAAGUAAAUAUGCAUCUCAUUUUGCGCAUAUAGAUUCUAAAACAUAUUAUGUCAAUCGGAAUGAAUAUUACUUUAUAAUCUGUAACGUAGGUCAUGUAAAACUUGCGUUUAAAUGAUUAUGUAACAAUCAAUAAUUAGUACAAUUUUAUAUGAUGAUUUGUUGAUAGUCUGCUACAGUUUGCAAGUGGAAAAUGAUAUGAAAUAUAGAUUUAAAUUAAUA